AUGGCAGCCUCACCACCUUUGGAAAAGUCGCACAACCAUCACCCCGACAGCGAAAGCGAUGGCGAAGCUGACGUCGACACAACCCCCAUUGCCCUCUCUUCCACCGAGAAACGUCGAACCCGCAAACUUCGUUUCCAGUCAUGGUUACAGAGCGCAGCUAUCAAGGAUAUCCGCAAAGUCGCUCAGGAGGUCAAUCGUGCAACUGCAGAUGAGGAGUUGUCUAUCCGUGAGCUGCUUGCUAGUCAGGAGACCACCCAAAUCAUCACCACCCCCAGAGAAUACCAGCUCGAUCUCUAUCAGCGCGCAAUUCAUCAAAAUACCAUCGCCGUCCUGGAUACUGGCUCAGGCAAGACAUUGAUUGCUGUUCUACUUCUUCGCCAUACCAUCGAGCAGGAGCUCCAAGCCCGUCUGGAAGGAAAGCCGCAUCGUAUAUCCUUCUUCUUGGUGCCUUCGGUCCCGCUUGUCUUUCAACAAUUCGCGGUUCUAGAGCGCAAUCUCGACUAUGAUGUUGAUAGAUUGUGCGGUGCAAUGAUGACUGAUAAGUGGAGCAAGCAGGUAUGGGAAGAACGCUUCGCCAAAACCCAUGUCAUCGUCUGCACUCCAGAUGUCCUCAAGAGCUGUCUAAGCUGCUCGUUCAUCUCCAUGCGCCAGAUCAACCUACUGGUCUUCGACGAGGCCCAUCAUGCCAAAAAGGGCCAUGCGUAUGCUCAGAUCAUCAAGGACUUCUACUUGACCGAUGUUGAUGAGGGCGCUCGUCCUAGAAUCUUUGGUAUGACAGCCUCGCCUGUUGAUGCAAGAGUCGAUGUGCGCCAAGCUGCCAGGGAUCUCGAGAACAUCCUCAACAGCAAGAUUGCUACUGCACGCGACCUCGCCCUGCUACAGAACGCAGUCACGAAGCCGGAUGAGAAGAUACUGUCGUACACAACCUCACCAGCCAUUCCCGCACCAAGUCAACUCUAUCAAGAUUUGAAGAACCACUUUGGUAGUGUCAGAUUCCUCGACGACAUAUUUGAACGUGCCGUGAAGAUCCGUUCACAUCUCGGAGAAUGGUGUGCCGAUCGUUACUGGGGUUUCGCCCUAGCUGAGGAACGAUCAAAAAAAUUAGAGUCUCGCGUUGAGAAAGCUGCACGUAUGAAUGGCUCUACAGACGAGGCCGAUCUCGAAGUAGAACAGAUUCGAAAAGCCAUGGAUAUGGUUACCAAUCAUGAAUUCGGAAGACCUCGAGCUGAUCUCUCGGAUCUCAGCAACAAAGUCCAACAACUUUAUAAUUAUCUCGGACAUCACUACGAACGCCCGUCAGACUAUCGCUGCAUUGUCUUUGUAGAGCAAAGAAGCACUGCCUACUUGUUACACAAAGUCUUUGAUACCAUCGGCAGCACUCAUCUCAGUGCCGGUUUACUGAUUGGGGCUGGAAAUGGCCGUCUCGACGAUGUUCAGUCUACUUUCCGCAACCAAGUCGUCACACUCAUCAAGUUUCGCAAAGGAGAGCUGAAUUGCCUAUUCGCAACUUCGGUUGCCGAAGAAGGUUUAGACAUUCCGGACUGCAAUUUGGUCGUCAGAUUCGACAUCUGUAAAACAAUGAUUCAAUACGUCCAAUCGCGUGGACGUGCCCGACACAAGAACUCCAAGUUUUUGCAUAUGAGAGAGGUCAACAACUGGGACCACGACACCAUACUGUCCGAGAAUCGGGGAGCGGAGCACGUCAUGCGCUCAUUCUGCGAAGCUCUUCCGGCCGAUCGCCAACUUGAAGGUGAUCACGACAUGACUUUUACUCAAGACAUGGUCAGUCUCUAUCCUACACAUGUGGUUCCAAGCACUGGCGCAAAGAUCACUUUCGGCUCAGCCCUUCAGAUCUUAUCACACUUCGUCGACAGUCUCCCCAAGGAAGGCGAGGAAGCUUUACAGCCUACCUACAUCACUACAAAUCAAGGUGGGCGCUUUGUCUGUGAAGUCAUCAUUCCUGACCCUUCACCUGUGCGCUCAUCAAUUGGCGACCCCAUGACAAAGAAAUCUCUUGCGAAGCGCUCAGCAGCUUUCAAGGCUUGCAAAGAGCUUGUGAUGUCAAAACACCUUGACCCUAAUCUCGUCCCAAUUUACACCAAGAAAUUGCCGUCGAUGCGCAACGCAGCUUUAGCUCUGAGUUCCAAGCAAUCCGACAUGUACGAUCUGCGUAUCAAGCCUCACAUCUGGGACGAUGGACGCAACUCGGUCCCAACCACAGUGUAUCUCACUCACUUGAACAUGCCGCAGGGACUAGAGCGUCCUCACCAGCCUCUAUUCCUUGUCACCAGAAAGCCGAUGCCCAACUUCCCCGAGUUCCCCUUGUUUCUGAACGACGCUCGCAGGACAGAUGUGAAAUUGACAUCGUUCGCUACGGCAUGUCAAGUCACCGAAGUCGAACUAGCCAAAUUCACCUUGUUCACACUACGUAUCUUCAAAGAUCUUUUCAACAAGACGUAUGAAUUUGAUGUGAUGAACACGCCUUACUGGCUGAUACCAUCUGGGCAGUCAAAUCAGUUCCCUGAUGCCAAAGCUGAUCCUUUCCAACUCAUCGACUGGGCAACUGUAGACUACGUCUAUGAGAACGACAAGGGCUUCCAAUGGUCACCAGGGAUGCCUGGUUCGUUUUUGGUAGACAAGUUCUAUGUUGAUCAGUGGGACGGUGGUCGACGCUUCUAUUCUUCGAGAGUUGCACCAGAGUACAAACCCUCGGAUCCCGUUCCUGAAGGAUGUAUUGCUUCGAAGAGACAGACUGACAUUAUCGACUACACCGUCAGUCUGUGGCAAAAGACACACAAGGAGAAGAAGACUUGCUGGAAUCCCAAUCAACCUGUCCUGGAAGGCGAAAAGAUACUACACAGACGUAACAUGCUCGCAGAACCUACUAACAAGGAAGAGCAAGAAAGAUCAAAGACUCGAAGCUUCAUAUGUCCUGAGCCACUCAUCAUCUCUUCUUUACCAACUCCCGUGGUAGCGACCUGUUACGUUUUCCCUGCCAUCAUUCACCGCAUUGAUGACUACCUCAUCGCAAUGGAGACGUGUGAAGAACUUGAUCUGACCGUGGAUUUACCUCUAGCUCUAGAAGCUAUCACCAAGGAUUCUGACAAUACCGAAGAGCAUCGGAACCAUGAACGCAUCAACUUUCAGCGUGGUAUGGGAAAGAACUACGAACGUCUCGAGUUCUUGGGGGACUGUUUCUUGAAAAUGGCCACCUCGAUUUCCACGUUCACACAAAACCCCAACGACAAUGAAUUCGAUUUCCACGUGAAACGCAUGCUGCUUCUUUGCAACCAAAACCUCUUCAACACUGCGCAGAAGCUCAGGCUUUACGAGAACAUUCGCAGCAGCUCAUUCUCUCGACGCACGUGGUAUCCCAGUAACUUAAAGCUCUUGCAAGGCAAAGGCGCCAACAAGAACGGCUCUGAAUCUAUGAAGCAUGCACUCGGUGACAAGACAAUUGCAGACGUGUGCGAAGCACUCAUGGGUGCCGCAUUUCUCACUCAUGAUAAGCCUGGAAAAUGGCGGCCAGAACACUGGCGUGAUGCUGUCAAGGCUGUCACCAAGUUUGUGGACAGCCCUGACCAUACCAUGAUGGAAUGGAAAGACUAUUCUCGCACAUAUGAGAAGCCAGCAUACCAGGUAGCCGAUGCCAGAGCUGCGAACCUUGAACUCGCUAGAAGAGUAGAAAAGGAGCACGCAUACCACUUCAGAUAUCCGCGUUUGCUCCAGGCUGCUUUUCAUCAUCCCUCCUACCCCAACAUUUGGUCUGCCGGUAUACCGUCUUACCAGCGACUUGAGUUCUUGGGCGACUCGCUUCUUGAUAUGACAAGCAUCACCCAUCUUUUCUACAAUCAUCCUGAUAAGGAUCCUCAGUGGCUGACCGAGCACAAGAUGGCGAUGGUGUCCAAUCAGUUUCUUGGAGCAGUCUGUGUCCGUCUUGGAUUCUGGAAGCAUCUUCUUUUCAACCACGAUUCUUUGCGUCAACAAAUCGCAAACUAUGUCACUGACAUCACAGAUGCGGAAGCAGCAUCUCAUGGAGCAAUGGACUACUGGACUACGGUGAAGGAAGGACCCAAGUGUCUACCUGACAUAGUUGAAGCAUACGUCGGUGCCAUGUUCAUUGAUGCCGACUUCGACUACACCGUCGUACAGCGCUUCUUUGACGAGCACAUGAAACCAUUUUUCACAGACAUGGAGAUCUACGACGACUACGCAAACAAUCACCCUGUGACUCGACUUCACAACGUGAUGCAGAAACACUUUGGUUGCCAUGAAUACAACUUGUUCAAUAGUGAGGAGACUGUCGACGGCAUGCAACCACUCUUCUGGUCGGGGGUUAUGAUCCAUGAUCAUGAACCUAUCGGCGUCUGGCGAGCCAAGUCUGGCAGAUAUUCCAACAUCAAGGCAGCUAUUCUGGCAGUGGAGGUGCUCGAAGGUGUUGCUCCCUACGAGUUCCGAGCCAAGUAUGGCUGUGACUGUCGUGAAGACACUGACGGCGGAGACGAGGGCAGCAGUACAGCUUGA